CGCUUUUAAACUCCACGGCUUCAUACGCCGAAAGUGCAGAUAAUAUAACGAAUCCCGUGAACGUCACAUACGAAUACGUCACAGUGGGCACACAGAUGGUUCGCAAGCAGGGAUUCAAGAAUGGCAUGAACGUACUCGGAAUCAUUGCUUUCUGCAUCUUCUUUGGCAUCCUACUGGGUCAGAUGGGAGAGCGAGGUCGUGUCAUGGUCGAGUUCUUUGACAUCCUCUCGGACCUGACCAUGCAGAUGGUCAACAUCAUCAUGUGGUACUCACCAAUCGGUAUCAUGAGCCUGAUCUGUGCCAAGAUCCUAGACAUGGACAAUCCUGCCGUGGUCUUCUCCAACCUUGGUCUCUACAUGGUGACGGUCCUGCUUGGGCUGGUGGUCCAUCUGGCCUGCCUCAUGACCAUCUACUUCACCAUCACCCGCAAAAACCCCUUCACCUUCUUCAGGGGUCUCUUACAGGCCUGGCUGACGGCCCUCGCGACUUCCUCAAGCUCUGCGACUCUCCCGGUCACAUUCCGUUGCCUCGAGGAGAAUCUUGGAAUCGACAAGAGGGUUACCCGAUUCGUCUUGCCUAUCGGAGCAACGGUGAACAUGGACGGCACCGCCCUCUACGAAGCAGUAGCAACCAUCUUUAUCGGUCAGCUCAAUGGCUACACUUUGACCAUCGGCAAAAUCAUCACAAUUAGCUUAACAGCAACCUUAGCAAGUGUUGGAGCUGCUAGCGUACCUAGCGCAGGUCUGAUUACCAUGCUUCUGGUGCUCACUGCGGCAGGAUUCCCUGUGGAAGAUGUCAGUUUGCUCUUCACCGUAGAUUGGUUCUUGGAUCGUUGUCGUACAUCUAUCAACGUGGUGGGCGACUCGUACGGAGCGGCCAUCGUGCAUCAUCUUUCUAAGAAAGAAUUAGAUGCAUUAGAUCGAGAGGAAGCCGAGUUAGAGCUGGAAGCUGGAAAGGAAUCGGAAUACACUGCCAACGGCAAGCCCGAGAUGAGAGACGGCAACGCCGUCGCCGACGUCGAGAAGAAAGACGGCGACAACUGGGAGUCUGGGUUUUAGACUACACCCCCACUGGCCAUUCAUACCACUCUCGGUAUAACGGCCGUUUUUUGUGUACAUUUGUAUUUUUCUGUUUUCAUUUUUUUAUAUAUAUUAUAUAUAUCUAUAGAUAUAUAUGUAUAUAUAUAUAUUUUGGCAAGUCUUUGAAGAAUAAGGCACGAUAUUGUUUGUGGUAAUGAGGUUGUUUUUUAACGCAUCUGUUGCAAAAACCGCCAGGUGUGAAGAGGAAGUGGCUAUGAUAUUUAGGGUUGAAAUGGUGAUCAUGUGACUAUUGUUGAAUUGCAUUGUGGGUUAAGUGCGUAGGAUGAUGCUUGAAAGCCAGGUUGGGAUAUGGAUAGUGAAGCAUAAGUUGAAAUUAAAGGAAGAGAAGAUAAAGGAAGAGUGAAACGAGGAUGGGGAGGAGAAAGGAAGAUAAAGGAAAGGAGAAGAAGAGGGGAAGAGUGAUCUAGAUGAGAGGGAGAGAGUGAGAGAGAGGAAUAGGGGAGGGAGGGGGAGAGUGGGAGAUAGAGGGAAAAAGAAGAGGACGAGAGAGCGGGAAAGAGGACGAGAGAGCGGGAAAGAGGCAGAGAGAGCGGGAAAGAGGCAGAGAGAGCGGGAAAGAGGCAGAGAGAGCGGGAAAGAGGCAGAGAGAGCGGAAAGGAGGCAUGCGUGAUUAAAGAGAGCAAGAGUGAGGCAAAAAAUUUGAGGGAAAACUAAUUUUUAAAAAGAUGGAAAACAUCCAGAAAGCUUAUUUGACACCUUUUGUAAAAUAUUUUCUCAAGAGCAAUGCAAACGUCGGACCUAGGAAGGUUAUUUUUCUAUUUCAAACUUGCGAAUAGCGUGAUUUUUCUCUGAAUGUUGAUAACAGGAUCAUAUUAGACGUUUACAUCAAGAGCCUCUGAUACCAGGUAAAAAGUAUUUGGUGUGGGGUUUUCCAAAAAAUAAGCAUUAUAAGCCACAUUGACAGUAAACAUCAAAGUCGGUCAGUUUUUGGACACACAAUAUAUUACUGUCCAUUUUCCACUAUGGAGUGGAAGUGGUCAAACUGAUGAUAUUUUAAUACAUGUAGGUCUAUUUUCUAGGCCCCAAGAAAAGAAGAAAAGCUUUGGAAAGAGGUUUAAUUUUUUUCUAAAGUUAAAGGAAUCAAUUGCUUUAAGGCCACCGCACACCUUACGACCCGGCUGGUCUGCGACUGAGUGAGAGGAGAUGAAUCGCAAGGUAGUUAUAGGCCUCGACACCGCACACCUUGUGGUCCGACCACCCUGCUGUCUGUGACUCACGCAUGUACACAUCCGUAUCUAAUGUGACUCGAUCUGCUGUCUGAUUGGCUGGAAGUUGGAGUGAGCUUGCGAUCCAGUUAUAAGGAUUCUACAUGCCAAAUCCAUACGAUUGUCCUUGCGAUUUGUCUUUGACCGGUCUGCAACUCCCAGGCUGACCAGAGCUGUGACGUCACAUUUCCCUUGAUCCAGUCGCAGACCAGUCGUAGACCAGUCGGGUCAUAAGGUGUGCUCUGGCCUUUAUUCAUACCAUUGCUCUGACUGACAAAUAUAUGGAUCUUUUGCUUGAAAAGCUGUCAUCAGGUAUCUUGACUCUAUGAAUGUCGAGAUUGUUUCUUCGGGUGUCGUCGAACGUGUACUUACGUUGUAUAAUCGACUGAAGAUCUUUCUCUGACACAAACAUCAGUAUUUUUGGAAUGACUAAUGCACAAAUUGAUCUGUACAUUUCUAUACCAGUGAUUAUAUCCCCAUGUAUUAAUUAUUCCUAAAGAAUAACAAGUACGUUUAUUUUUCAAAGGAGUACAUGUUGUCAAUUCAUUUGUAAAUAUUAGUGCCAUCUGUAAGGUACUAUAUAGAUGAUCUCUCCGGGUUGAAACAAUGCUUGUAGGUCAUUUUUAUGUGGAGCAGCAAACUGUUACGGAUUUGACGCACAAGAGAGUAUCUUGCAUGCUGCAAUCAAAAUCUGUUUGGAAAUUCUUUGUGCUUUAUGCAUUAUGGCCCAUACAGUAUAAAAUUGGUGGAUAUUUUUUACUAACAACCUCUAUUGGGUGAUAUAUAAAAAAAGUGGUAGAUAGAUUUGUAAAACACCUUCCCUCGUUAAGAUAAUCCUUUGCGAGACUCGUUAGGAAGUUAGAAAAUAUAUUUAAAUGCUAGCAGAAGAGAAACUUUUUUUUUUUUUGGGGGGGGGUAAUAUUGCAUGCUAUUUUGAAUAAGAAUGUGUUAAUUAAUUUUGGCAGUUGAUAUCAGUUGAGGGACCACUGAACUAUUUUAUGGGGAAGAAUCAGAAUGCCAAGGUAUUUUGAUUAGUUUACAACUCAAAGUAAAAAGGGGAACUUGGAUACGAUACUAACUCUCCAUUUUCUUUCAGAUCCAUCUCUCAUAAUAUUACUCAAAUUAAUGUAAAUAGUGAUGAUUGUAAUAAGCAUUAUAUCGUAUCAGUUUUUCAACUCCGUUGUUACACGUACUUUGCAAAGUUUACAUUUUGUCGUAUCUUCUAUAAAUUAACUUUGUGUACAUUGGAUAUCAGUAUGAAAUGUGAUGGUUUUGUACAUCUCAUGUUUUAGCCAAUGAUUAGUACAGGGUUUAUUUUACGGACACCAGGGCUGUAAGAAAAUUGUCCUUUUUCAAAAGACAUGUAUUAAAAUGAUUGUAAUACAUGCAGUGUAUGACCUGUGUUCAAUAAAAAAAAAUAGAUAGAUCCAUGUCCGUUAGUUGAGCAAUACCUCCCAUGUGUAUCUGUCUUUAGUCUUAGAAAUCACCUUUCUACCUCCAAAAAGGGAGGAGAAAAAAACAAAAAGUAUGAUUUUUUUGUAAUUUUGUAAGAGUCAAGACUUUUUUUAGCAUAUUGUCGGUAUAAGAUUGCCCGAGUCAUGUACCAUUUAUCGGUUCUUUUGUGAGAUUGUUCUAAUAUUUUAUAGACUCUGAUUUCCCCCUUUAAAGGCAGAGAGGAUUCCAAUAUUUUUUCAUCUUUUUCUGUCUCUACCGUGGUUUGUUUUCUUUCAAAGUAUUUAAAGAAAAAUCGGUGAAUCUGGGUCCUGUUGCAUAAACGUUACCAUUACGGUAACUUUGGCAUCCAAUGGUAACUUGCAUGGAAUGCUUGAUUGUGAUUGGCUGUUGAUCAGCAUUACCAUGGUAGUUACCAUUGGAUGGCAAAGUUACCAUAAUAGUAUUACUUUUAUGCAAUGGGGACCUGGAUUUCAUUUCAUCAACAUACACAUUUAGACUGAUAUGUACUUUCGGUCUCGAAAAGAAUGAAAUCGUGGUGGUGGGCGUGGAUAGUCGUUCAUUCAAAAUGACAUCUGUGUGUGAACUAAUAUCAAUACUGUCAAAUCAUGUAAUGCUGUCAUGAUAUCGUGAUUGCGUUCAGCACAAAACAUGCAUGGUGUGAAAUUCAUUGCUUAACCUGUUGACUGCCAUUCACUCUGAUUACCAUUAGUUCUGUUCACGGAUUGCUCAGUUAAUGUAGGUAACAUGUUUAUUAUAAAACUGUCAUCCACUUCUAUGUAGCACCUACAUAAGAAAUUAUGCUGCCAUGGUUUGUCAAGAUUUUGCCAUUUCCAAAACAACCAAGCGUAGAACACUGUCGCAAUGGUUUCUAUAAAAUCUCAUGCAUGAGCUUGAUUGCUUGGCCGUAAUAGUGAAUGAGACAAUAGAGUCUUCAAAUUUACUUCAUCUAUUUCAGCUGUGAAGAGAAUGCAAUUAAUGGAAACUUGUUUCUUCUUAGAAUGCAUUCAUAUUCGUAGAAUGAAUGCAUUCAUAUUCGUAGAAUGAAUGCAUUCAUAUUCGUAGAAUGAAUGCGUUCAUAUUCGUAGAAUGAAUGCAUUCAUAUACAUGGAAUGAAUGCAUUCAUAUUCAUGGAAUGAAUGCGUUCAUAUUCAUAGAAUGAAUGCUUUCUCCAUGUAUAAAGCCAUCAGAGAACAGGUCAGUUGCUCAGAAAAUGUGAUCAUCAUUCAAAUAUGCAUUCAAGUCACUCAAAAGAAUUCUUUUGAUAUAUUUCCAGACGAAAUCCGCUGUACUUCAUCACAAAUUUCUUCCAAACUAUAUCCUUUCUAUCAAAACAAGUUAGUAUUUAAGUUAAUCUUUGUAUUUCAGCUAGUCUUUUCUCUGUUUUGAAUAAACUUUCCAGAAGAGUAUUUAUCACUUUGCGUGGUAAGAUAGAGUGAUUGUAUAAUCUGUACAGAAUAUAACCAGAAUUUAAAUGUUUGUAUCCCUUCCAUCUUAACGUGAUAUGUGUACAAUGAUAUAUUUGGUAUACCGAUUUGUAUUUUUGCACUUGUAACUUUUGUGAUACAUUAACAAGAUAUAUUAUCAAAAUCUAAUGUGAAAAAGUGGAACAGCUUGGAUGAAUGUGUUGUUUUUUGUGAAGAUGUUUACAGUUAUAAAGGCUUUUGCGUUUGGAGAAAAAAAUGGAGAGGACUAUUCUGCGUUUGUCUACUAUAGUGGGCUGUACAUAUUGUUAAAAGUUUUCAUUUAAUUUUUUUGAAUUCAGCAUAAUUUUUAUGAAUUUUAACAAAAGUUGCGGUUUACUUUUUUCAGUGGAUAAUGCGAGAUUUUCAUCUCACCAAAAUAUGAUUUUACAAGUUUAUAGAUAGAUAAGGGAAAAUCAUGAAAUUUCAUUAAACCAAUUUUGAGGCUUUACUGUAGGCAGUGUCCUUUCAACGAUGGAUUUUCCAAAAAAAUAUUGGAAAGAUGGAAUGAUUGGUAAAAGUUUUAGUUUUUGAGACCAAAAUAAGGGAUCUCACAAGAAAUCAUCAUGUUAUUUUCAUAAUUAUUUUCAUAUUAAGCGCAUCGGCGCUUCUAUUGUAAAUGUCUUUAUUCUGUGAUGGUGAUGAUGACUUUGAAGUAUUAGCAAGAGAAAAACCUGUAUAUUCUAUGUAUAAAUAUAUUUACUCUUUAGAAUACAUAUAUAGGAACAAUCUAUUUACUCAUAUUUUUGUAAAUAUAAGUAUGUAUUGUGACUCAUUGUGUUAUUUUAUACCACUGUUUCGUUUAAUGGAUAAGAUAGUUUUGUGCUAUUUUUAUCCAAAAUGAGAAAAAGAAAUCCAUCCAGUAUAUAUGAAGUAGAACGUUGUUUACAAUGUGUAUUACGAGUCGUAUUGAUGAGGUUUUAGUAAUUUUGGAAAUAAUUGUAAAAGCUGAUCGUAAUGUAAGUGUUAAAAGCGUACUUGACUUAUCUUUAUUAUUAGACCCCGUUUAUUCUGUGUUGAACUCUUUUGAAUGAAGUGGAGAACUUACUCUUUCGAUUAGUGUUUUGAUGAUAAAAUUCAGGGUUACGGUUAUGGACUCUCAGAAAUGUUUUAAACCAACAUGUAGGUUCGUUAAAAUAUGAACUUACCAACUAUUGGUUAAAACAAAUUUGCAUGCCAAAUGAAUUGUGAUUAAUUCUUAGCCAACCGUUAGUAAGUUAAAUUUUGGGUUGGUUAUUUAAAGAAAAAAUGAUGUUGUUCCAUUUUGGUCCAAGUUUGGAUUUGCAGCUUUUGAAGACUGGUUGCUUUGAUUUUUGACGAAACUUUAACGCCCGACUGCCCUCUCCCAACUAAUAAUGAUCUUUUUUAAUAGAUGAAGGCUGAAUCAUGUAUUUCAAGGAUCAUAUAUAGGCUGAAAAAUUGAUUUCCAGGAUAGAAAAAAAAAAUCAUACUUUGUUCCUCAUAUCUGUACUUAAAAAAAGGGCUGAACUUGAGAAUCUACACAAUUAUGGUUAUAUUUCUAAAGUGUAGGUUGAAAAUAUGCUAUAUUGUAAGCCCUAUAUUCUUAACAUUUAGUUAAUUUUAUUUGUAUUAUACUUUUCGCAUUCAUAAUCUAAUCGUGCAUUGACCGGUAUUUGAUAGUACUUUUUUUUCUGUUUUCAAUGCAUUAAAAAUUUAUUUCCUAAAACGUAUCUCAGAAUAUUUGAGAAGAAAAUGAAAUGUGCAGCUUUACUGAAUUGAAGGCAUUUGAAAAUGAAAAGGUCCCCCAAAAUUGGAUUUUAAAAUGGCCUGGAUUGGUUAUUCCUCGUUUUCCUUCGUUAUAAAUGAAAAUAGAGAGAAAACUCAAUUUAAUGUAUGUGGUAUGAUAGCAUUCGUUGGAUAUUAAUAAUUGUACUGUAUAAUGUAAUGGUCAAUAUUGUAUUGGACAAUUUUUUAAUAGAAAAGUUAUCAUUUUGUACAUCCCUUCAAUAUCCCAUCAAAGAGAAGGGGGAAUUGACUCCCUUGAUCUACAUGUAUGUGAACUGUACCCAUACCCGUUCACACCCGAAAAGAAAUCCAGUGCAACACCCACUUGUGUGUGGUACCCUCCGAAUACGCGAGUACACGGUAAGCCAGCGCGCGAGCUGGUCGCCCAGCACGCGAGUAAAUGGUCCGGACCGGGUAAGCAUCAGUUCGUGCCAGACCACCUCUUAAGCUAGGUUUUCUCGAUUCGUUUUGGAGCGGGUUUAGUACGGCUACGGGUACAGCUCACUGAAAGGUAAUCCCUCGUAGUGUGAAAUGGACCUUGGUACUAUAUCGUUCCUUGUAAUUCCAAUUGGAUAUUCAUAUUCGACUGCAUAUUAUACAUAGACAUACAGUGAAGGUAUGGUGUAAUUUGGUGGUUUGGUCCGUUUUCUCACUCACAAAUAAAUUGGGCAUGUAUUAUGUAUUUUCAUUAUAGCAAUAAAGAUAAAAUGAGUUCCUAUACACAA